AUGUCUGACCAAUUGAAUACAAAUGUGGACCAUAACGAGAUUGAAAGUCACGGCUACUCAUCUGGAUCGUCCUCUACGGCGUCUAUGAAUGCUUCUCUCGAUGCCAUUGGUACACCUGAUAUCGAGGAAAAUCAUAAUGAGGUGAACAACAGGAAGGAGAAAAAAGAAGAAGUAGAGCUUGGGGAGAAGCAUUUGGAAACCCACGGUUUGGAAGAGCUAAAGUCAAAAAGAGAGUUGAUUUCGAGGCUAGUGGAUCAGGGUACCUUAAACGAAGGAGAUGAAUGUUAUAUAAUACCAGAGGACUUUUUCGCUUGUUUCUUUAAUUUACCAGUAAAGUCCUUUCAAGAGUUGAAACAAAGUCUUGGGCCAGUCGACUUUCACAAAUUAGUGUCCAACUCGGGCUUACUAUUUUCGGAACAGGAUGAGUUAGUCAAGACUAGAACAGUUACUGCUGAUAUUUUUUCAAAAUUGUCAGAGUGGUUUGGCGUUCUAGGCCAACCAAUAGUAAGAUCCAUCAUUUUAAAUCCAAACACUAGUACACUUGAGGUUGAAAGAUGGCCAAUGGUGUUUAUUGUUCACACUUUGGGGAAAAAGACUCAGCAACCAAGUUACUUUAGAAGUGGUGUUUCCCGGUACCACAAUCACAAUCCCAAUCACAACGACCAUGAAAUCGAUUCACCCAUACCGAUGUCAUUUUCAAGAACUAAAACGUUCUCACAAAUAUUAAACGCGCUUCGGCUCCACACAUUGAAGUCACCAAAAAGCUCCAUUGACGAUAUGAGGUUGUGGUUCAUAUCAGAUCCCAAAGAAACAGAAUUGCCAUAUCAUCUCACAAUGCAGAAAUUUGUUUAUGAAGUUAAAACUAAACAAGUAGUAUUGCCUAAGAUUUACGAAACCACAUUGCAAUCGCAAGGAGUUGUACAGCCAAUGUAUCAUGUAGCCAUUGAAAAAAGAGAAAAAACGAGUGGGCAGUUCCCAGUAGACACAUUUGUGAAAGCUCAAUUAUACUCUGUGUCCGAUGAAGAAGAAGAGGAAGAAGAAGAAGAAGGAGGAGGGGGAGGAGGAGGAGGCCGUGAUGGUGGGAACAUAGGAUUGUCAAACUUGGGAAACACCUGUUAUAUGAACUCGGCUUUGCAGUGUCUUCUACAUGUCCCCGAGGUGAAUGACUACUUCUACUACAAUGUGUAUCAAAAGGAGUUGAACCUCAACAAUCCUCUUGGGCAUAAUGGGGAUGUGGCAAACUCUUUUGGAAAUCUUUUGAAGAUGGCAUUCAAAAAGACAAAGCAAACAUCUAGUAUUCUGCCUCGAGACUUUAAAUCAACCAUUGGCAGAUAUAGCUCAAUGUUCUCAGGGUACUUGCAACAAGACUCCCAAGAGUUUUUGAGUUGGCUACUUGAUGCUCUUCACGAAGACUUGAACCGUAUUCACACAAAGCCAUAUUGUGAAAAACCCGAAUUGGAAGAUCACGAAAUUGAUGAUCAGCAAGCGAUAGUAAGAUUAGCAGAGACAUGUUGGAAUCAGCAUAAGCAAAGGAAUGAUUCCAUUAUUAUCGAUUUGUUUACUGGUUUAUACCGCUCGACUUUAGUUUGCCCUGAUUGCAACAAAACUUCCAUCACUUUUGACCCGUUCAAUGAUUUAACCCUACCAUUACCUAUUAGCAAAAAAUGGUAUCACACAUUUACUAUUGUCGACUUAUCUCCCAAAUCGGUGAUUCCGUUUAGAAUCAUGAAACUUGAAGUUGAAUUGAAAAAGACCUCAAAUUAUGACGACUUGAUAAGCUACUUAGUAAGCUUUCUUAAAGUUCCACCAACGGAUCUAUUUCUCUACGAAAUCUUCCAAAGUGCCAUUUAUGCUGACUUUCAAAUGGAUUAUGCGAAAAACAAGUUUUUACCCAUUAGUGACGUAAUUAGAGAUACUGAUGAUAUUUUGGUUUAUAUUAUUCCACAUAAUGCCGAGACCGAUUUGAUAGUUCCUUUCUUCAACGUGGUGGGUGAUGAAGACAAACUGUAUCAAAUGGUCAACUACUUUGGCAUUCCAUUGUUUAUUACACUUGACAAACAGUCCAUUAAUAGCUUUGGGGCUAUCCGGCACAAACUUUUAGUGGCUGCAUCUACUUUAACAACACUUGAUCUCGUCAACGAGUACGAAAAGUGCAAGCAUUCAGUAGAGGGCUUUAUACACAAGGAAUUUUAUAGAAAGUCUGAUUUUCCAAUGAUAUACUUAGAUGAAUAUGAGAUGGGAGGAAAUAAUAAUAACAGUACUACUACUACUACUACUGCUACUACUACUACUACUACAACUACUACUGCUAAUAAUAAUAAUAGUGACGAUGAUGACAAUGAUGACAAUGAUGCUGAGGAAGCAGGGUAUGACAGUGAUGUGUCAUUGGCAAAUCCCUAUCUUAGCUCUGAUUUUGGAUUCAAGGUAAUGUAUGCCCAGGACUAUGCGCCACGGACAGGGAUUCAUGUGCGUCAUAAAACGAACAUUGCAAAUAGAGCAGGGCCAAAGCAAACUGAAAGACUAAUUAAUAUACCACUUCAUAAACCAAGUUUUGCUGAAUUCAAGCCCUUGUCUGGUGAAAUUCCGGAAUCGAAACGUAAAUAUUAUCUACACGAGACUCGUACAAGAAAUAAGCCCACAACGAUAUCAGGGGAUGAGCCCGACUCGAACAUACCAGAGCUUGUUUCAUCGUCUAUCGAGAAGGAAAGUGAUGAAAACGAUGGUUUUGUGAUUGUGGCUAAGGAGAACACAGAGCAAGAAGAGCAAGAAGAGCAAGAAGAGCAAGAAGAGCAAGAAGAACAAGAAGAGCAAGAAGAACAAGAAGGCAAGAAUUUAUUAUACGCAAACCCGCAACCACCAUCUUUACCCUCUCGGACUCACCAGCUCUCCCAGCUAAAUUACUCGGACGAAGACACAGAGAGUGAGGUUAAUUUAGGAAGCUUAUUUGGCUCCAGCUCUAAUCUACCAUUACCUCCUGCAUCCACUUCGUCCGAUUCAACAAAACCAUCCAAUGUGAAUUCACCGAUGGAAACAAACUUUGACGAAGAGGUAGACUUACGUGCAUCAAAUGGAAGCGGUCUUGUCACAAAAAACACCAUCUUGCUUUGCAACUGGGAACGAGAUAUAUACACCAGGUGCUUUGGCGAUGCAUCCCUUUCUACUUGGAACUCUUCACAAACACCCCAGUUGUCCAAUCCAGAAUUGGAGCAAAAUAAGGCCAGAUUUGAACGUCAACGAAAGAGCAAGAUUACAUUGUACGAAUGUUUAAAGAGCUUUAGCACUCCUGAGCUUUUAGGGGAACACGACUUAUGGUACUGCCCUAAAUGCAAAGACCACAAACGUGCAACUAAAACUAUCCAAUUGUGGUCUGCAGGAGAUAUUCUUACGAUCCAUUUGAAGCGAUUUCACAGUGCGAGAGCUUUCAGCGAUAAGAUUGAUGUUGUUGUGGAUUUUCCCAUUGAGGGUUUGGAUAUCAGUGAAUUUGUUGCUGACCCAUCUUUGCCACCCGAAAACUGUUUGUACGACUUGAUUGCUGUUGAUAACCAUUACGGUGGUCUUGGUGGUGGUCAUUACACUGCAUCUGUAAAAAAUUUUUGCGACAACAAGUGGUAUUAUUUCAACGACAGUAGAGUCAGCGAAGUGACUGAUCCACAGGAAGUUGUAUCAAGUGCUGCGUACUUACUAUUUUACCGUAAACGGACGUCUUCAGGUUGCAAAAGUUUAGGUGGUAAUGAUUUGGACAAUAUCUUGAGAAAAGGUGCCGAGGAGUAUAGAGUGAAGGAAAAGGAAAAAGGGCUUUUAUGUCAAAAUGUAAAAGAACAGAUUGAGCAGUAUGAGUCGUCAUUGCGGUUUGCUUUGGAUGACUAUGAAGAAAGGUAUGACAAUGAAGUAGAUGACGAGAAGGAAUCCGAGUCCAACACGAGUAAUGAAAACGAAGAUGAUGUUACCCAGAAAGUGAAAAAACAACGCGCGAAUCUGAAAGAGGAUGGCUCAGAGAUCAAGAUGAAGAGACAGAAAACGAUUUUUAAUACUAUUGAGAAAGAACAAUUCAAUAAUGGUCCGCUAACAAAGGAAGAAAAUGGAGAUAAAGAUAAAGAUGAAGAUAAAGAUGAAGAUAAAGAUAAAGAUAAAGAAGCGGUAAAAGUGGAAGAGCCCCUUAACGCAGCAUAG